UCUGAUUCAAGAACUGGCGUCUUUACACAUAUUUUGAACUCUGUGGUGCUUCUUUUUGAAUAUGCACACAUUCACUCGCAUACAAUGUUCAGAACGUCUCUCACUGCAAUGAGGCUCAAUGGUACUAUGCGCUUGGCGCAGAGACCGAUCAGUUAUACCGCUUGCCGAAUUCACGAGUUCGGGGGCCCAGAUGUGAUGAAGAUUGAGAAGUGUGAGUUGCCAGACCUCAAAUACGGCCAGGUGGUUGUAGAUAUCAAAUCAGCAGGAAUCAAUCCGGCUGAAACCUACAUAAGAUCCGGGAUAUACCAUCUACUGCCAGAACUACCCUACACUCCCGGAAAAGACGGAUCUGGCGUUGUUGCACAUGUUGGUGAUGGUGUCGAGGGUCUGAGUGCUGGCGAUCGCGUGUACGUGGAGGAUAGCAUUACGGGGACGUACGCAGACAAGGCUGUGUGUGAAGCAAAACAUGUGCACGCUUUGCCGGAGAACUUGAGUUUCCAGCAAGGAUCUGCUCUGGGGAUACCGUACGGGACAGCCUACCGUGCUCUGAAGCUACGCGCACACUUGAGUUCUGGCGAGAGGCUGCUCAUAAAUGGCGCCUCUGGAGGGGUGGGUUUGGCAGCAGUCCAGUUGGCUGUUGGUUAUGGUGCUACAGUUGUUGGCAUCGCGGGGAGUUCAAAGGGUUGUGAGGCUGUACUGAAGCAAGGUGCUGCAGCUUGCUUUCUGCGAGACGACACUGACCUGACGACUAAGAUCCGAGACGUCAUGCCUGAUGGUGCAGAUGUGAUCCUGGAAAUGCGCGCCAACAAGCAUCUCAGCACGGAUAUAGACCUGGUUGCUCGUCACGGGAGAAUUGUGGUGGUCGGAAACCAAGCCACAUCUGAGCACUCGAUCAAUCCGAGAGCGCUAAUGGUGAAUGAAUCGUCUGUCAUAGGCUGCAACUAUUGGAUAUCAAGUGAGAAGGAUUUACAAGCCACUAACGAGGCCAUAGGUCUGGCUUUACGGAAUGGGACAGCCAAGCCGACAGUGGGUGAGGUGUACAGCUUAGAGAACGUGCAAAAGGCCCACGAGGCAAUUGUUUCACCCACGCGUACGGCAAGUGGUAAGAUGGUUCUAACCAUGGAAUAGGGCUCGUCAUAGUGUGCACACCAAGUAAUGAAGUCGCUCUGUGCACUUUCAAAGAACGACCGUUCGCGUAGGAGUAUGUAUUGUAGAGUUGACGGGCCAAGGAUGCAUUUGCGUCAGACCGAAAUAGACUUUAAUAGUAAGUCGGUCAGUGGUUAUCCAAUGAAAACGUUAUAUAUGCAAAUUAUCAAACUAUAUGUUAUUGCCCAGCGAAACCAAGCACAUAGUCUAGAGUAUAAACUUAAGUCUGUAUGUAUAGUGAUGCACGCAAUAAAUGCUGCCAUAGAAAGCUUUUUUGGGGAAGUGCGCUACUGAGGAGCUACGCCAGCAGGACCCUCACAUCGAAAAAAUGAUCCAAGAUGAAAAGAG